AUGAUUCGGAGGCGUUUUCACUUCAUCCUCAACGACUGCCUCCAAUCUCCUCGUCAGAUUCUCGAGCGAUUUUUUGGCCCACGAAUGCGUGUUGUACUGCACGUGCUUCUCGAGUGGGUACCCGGGCUUGCACACGUACUCGACCAAAUAAUCAGCUACGACACAUGGCACCUCACGAAACUCCUGAACCCACAUGUCGACACGUGGCAUUCCCGGGCUGACAAUGGCGAAAUCGAUUCCGGUUUGGAGAAAGCGAGUAUAAGGGGGAUCUGGGACAACGAAAUGUGUUGCUUGAUUGACUUGCAUCACGGGUUCCCAUUAAAGAGAUUCAGAGAUGUUGAGUUUUCCCUCUUAUCGGGCGAUUUUGCAGAUUGGCUUGCAUCAUGGGUUCCCAUUAAAGGUGUUCUUACUUCACGAUCAAUGCAGAGAUUCAGAGAUGGCGAUUUAGAACCACCUCCGGAAAAAUUGCUGGAGCUGAAGCUAAGACAUCAUCAACCUUAUCAGAAAUGCUUGUGUAGUGGAGCGUGUUUGACAGCACUCGAGGGGAAAUUUUUCCAGGGCUCAGCAGCUUCACUAGUGAGUGGUGAAAAUUUCUGUUCUCAGCUGGUGUAUCUUGAGGACCCACAACUAGCCAUGUCUUCAGUCUCCUCUUCUGAAUCCUUAGCUUCAGCCAUCAUCUCUAACUCGUAUCCACUAUUCUGGAAGAAGCUCCCAAGCCUUCAAACUAAAAAUGUGCAAAAGGACAAAAUUAUAAAGGAGUGA